AUUGGCGAUGGUACAAAUAUAUCUGAACUAGACAACACUAUUGAUAUUCCUAAAGAUAUGAUAACUAAUUCUGAUUUAACUUCUUUAAUUAAAACUACUUAUCAUGAUAUUGAUAUUAAAAACACAUCCACUGACCAGUAUUUAAAAAAUAGAAUAAUACUUUCUUCCCGUAAUGUAGAUGUCGUUAACAUUAAUCUUGCUAUUCUCGACAUCUUCCCUGAAAAAGAAAAAACAUACUUAAGUUCAGACAAUAUAAUUACUGAAGAAUCUGAUAGCAAUACUAACUUCUACCCCAACGAAUUCUUAAAUUUUCUCAAACCCAAUGGAUUACCGCCCUCAAAACUCAAACUCAAAAUUGGAUACCCUAUUAUACUUCUACGAAAUUUGGCUCCACAUCAAAGUCUCUGUAACGGUUCCCAAUUAAUCAUAACAAGACUUAAUGACCAUUUAAUUGAAGCCCAUAUUCUGACUGGAGAUUAUGCUGGCAAUUCAACUUUUAUUCCUUGCAUUUCUCUUAUUUCAUCAGCUUCAGAACUUCCGUUUAAACUUAAACAACGCCAAUUUCCUAUUCAAUUAGCUUUCGCAAUCACUAUAAAUAAAUCACAAG